AUACGCGCGCACACAUUUAACACACACUCGUAUAACAGCAGCAGGCAUUGAUAUUGAUUUUGGUUGCGAGUGAAAAAUGGGGAGUCGGAAGAGGAAAACCUUGUCGGACCUCACAAACACCUACAAUCUGAUACCCACCUCCAUUCUCCGCAAGCUCGUCGCCGCCACCGCCACCGCCGCCUCUGAUUCCAAUUCCUUUUCGAAACCCCUGAUUUCGGCUUUCAAUUCCAAUUCAAAUUCCGCCAACCAGAAAUCACGCCCCGAAUCCUCCAAUAGAUCCGACAGCAGUAUCGGGUCGUCCAAUAUUAGCGUCACCGGGAAUUCGAGAACCGUUCAAUUUCGAACCCCUCCUCCUGCAGUCUCUUCGGUUACUUCCCUAGGUGGUGUAGGAAGUAAGGAUGUAGCACAUAACAAAAGACAGAUCACUGAAAAAUCCAAGAAAAGAAAAGAAGUUGACCUUACGAUUAUUAGCAGUCCCACAUCUGUUGAGAAGAGGAAGAAUAAAGGGAAGGCGAUUGCUGUACCAUUUAAUUCAUCUCUUCCUCAGAAGUUGGAGAGUAAUCAGAAUGAAGAUAAGAAUCGUGCUAGUCUGCUUAAGAGGAAAAAACACAAAGUCGACCCAAAUCUCAGUCUCUGUGGUGCUCCUGUUGAUAUGAUGAAAGAUUCUGACAAGGGAAUUUUUGGUUCUUAUGAUGGCACGUACGGAAAAACAGCGAAAGGGAAGGGAAUGCUUAAAUCUUCUGUUUGUGGAUUGGGAAAACAAAGUGGUAUGUUGGAGGGUGAUUUGAGCUGCUCAAUUGAGAAAACUUAUGAUAGGAAGAAAGGUAUUCUGAAGGGUUCUGGAUCUUCCACUCUGAAAAUAAAAGAUGUAGAGAAGGAAUUUGUCAGUCCUUCUAGCUUCUUAGUUGAGAGAACAAAGGCGAAAGGGAAGCCUCUGAACCCUUUUAACUACUCCUAUGAAAAAGCAAAGGAGAAAGGGAAGGCAAUUCUCGAAACUUCUGAUAUUGUUGCUGGGACAAUUGUUUGCCACCCUCCAAGGAAAAGGACUGAGAAGUGGAAGAAUGAUCCUGGGGCUUCUUCUAGUAGUUGCCCCCCUAAGACGAGAACCAACAAUAUACAGGAUGAUAUUUAUGGAGCUGGAAAUUUCAAAUUUUCAGAACCAUGGACCGAUCCACUUCCAAAAUACAGAAAGAAGAGGUGCUCAGAAAUUGAAAGUAGUAGUGAAUUGCCACUAGAUUUCAUUGAACAGCCGAGAGCACAUCUUCAAGAGGUUGAUGAGGAAAUCAUUUGCCUAGCUCCAAAAACAAGGAGUGAGAAGUGGAAGAAUGAUCUUGCGGCUUCUAGUAGUUGUUCCCCUAUGACGAGAACCAAAAAUAUACAGAAUGAUAUUGAUGAAGCUGGAAAAUUCAAAUCUUUGAAGUCAUGGACCGAUCCACUUCCAAAAUGCAGAAAGAAAAGGGGCUCGGAGAUUAAAAGUGAAUUGCCAAUAGAUUUUAUUGAACAGCAGAAAGCAUAUUAUAAAGAGGUUGAUGAUUUUGAACUACCGGAAGAAGAAGUGUCCUCACAAGAUGCUCCAUUAGUUUGAGUUGAAUUUGAAUGAUAAUCAUAGUGAAAACUCGAAAUAACUUAGUUGAUGGAUCAAAGAAUGCGAUGUUAUUUGACCCGAAUUCGCAUCACUGGUCAAUGCUUUCUA